UCCAUAUACGCAAGUCGUUGGAAUCAGUUGGAGUUUUCGUCCGAUCUGUUGCGACCUAAGGUCCUGCUGAGGUGCGGGUAUAUUUUGCGUAUAGGUCGUCCGACGCGAGGUGCGAAGUUCUGACGUGCGAGGUCGUACGAGUUCGUCCGUAUACGCAGCAGCACGCAGGUCGUUGAAAUCAGCUCGAGUUUUCGUCCGAUCUACUGCGAGUUGCAACAGUGGCAACCGGCGUGAUCCAGGAUCGUUCGUGCGAAUUUCAACUUCUUUGAUAUGGACAAUGAGAAACUAAUACUCACAGUGUUUUCGCAUCAUAAUCUGUGGGACACGAGUAGUAAAAAUUACCAUAACAGGGACAUAUCACGCCAAACAUGGAAGAAAAUUAGUAAAGAAAUGGGUCUGAAUGUUGAAGCGGUUAAAACUCGAUGGAGAGGUUUACGCGACACGUUUCGGAGGGAAUUAAAAAAGAUCCCAAAAAGACGUUCAAGCGACGAAGGAGGAACGCCAGUAAGAUCAUCCUGGCCGCAUUUCUCCAGCAUGUUGUUUCUGAAGGAUCAAUUCACGCCUCGGAAAUUUAGCGAUAAUAUCCUUGAAGUAGAACUGAAUGAGAAUCCAUGGCAAACGACGCAUACCGAGGAAAGCGAAGACAGAUCGGAAAAUCUGUUAGCAAGCGACGCAACCGAAUACGACAUUAAAGAAUGUGAAAUCGAAGUGUCGCAAUCGAGAAAACGUCGAGCACACAAUGCCGAGAUGUCUGUUAAAAAGCGGCAGAAAUCCGAGAAAUACAAUAGCUACGAGAAACUGCUGGACACCGAACAGAAACAAUUCAUAGAGUUAAAAUCUGCGUGCCAAUCGAAUCCGCAAAAUCACAUCGACGAUGCCGACUAUCACUUUUUACUAAGUUUGUUGCCCUAUCUGAGAAAAGUUCAAGAAGAUAGGAAGUUGAUAGUGCGGACUAGAUUGCAGCAGGUCUUUUGUGACGAAGAGGACUACCAGCGUCGAUCGUUGAAGUUCUGCGAAAACCCAGCGUCGGGAACGUCGUCGAAUGAUUUAACUUUACAGUACUGAGAUUACGGCGACCUCGACGAAGAAAUACGGGAAACACGAGAAAUCUUUAAUUUCAUAUUUUCCAUCAUGUACCAAUAAAUCAAAAUAAUAUUCUAUUACCAAUGCUGCUUUUACUGUCUACUUGGACUAAUGAUAAACCUUGAUGCACAAAUGUAUAUGUCUCGCACCAAACCGGUGAGGCAUCGUUGAUGUAAACGAUUUCCAAAAAAUAUUUAAAAAUCAAUAUUACAAUUGAAAUCGAAAGGAAGAAAUAUUUGAAAAGCUGUGGGAAGUCAUGGCAGAUUGCCCAGGAAUGAGACAGCUGUUGUCGGCCUCUGCCUUUGUUGCUAUGUGUGCGCAUAGUACGUGUGACCUAAACAGUCAGCUGACUGCAGCGAAAUUAGCGCGGUGGAACAAAAGUGGAACUUCCAAUUUUAAAUUGUUACUAAUCUCGUAAAUGAGACUUGAACUAAUUUGUGUAGCGGUAUGAAUGUUUUCAGAUUGUUCUACAUAUUUUUGGAAUACUCUGUUGUUCCUUAAAUGUUGCCAUGCCCGUGUAGAUAUAUGUGAAAUGCAUACAUAUAUCUGUUAUACAGAUUGCGUGAGUGAUCUUUCAAGGAAGACGACGUUACAUAUUUGUCUAGAAUACAUAGGUGCGUGUGAUUGUGAUUGUGUGAUGUCGUGCAUAAGCAUAGGAGAGACGUCUUCGUUAAGUCAGCUGAUGUGGCAUCAAUUUUAGACGUUUCCUUUAGAAGCAGUAAACAAAAGAUAAGUAAACUCCAAUUAUUAUUUACCACAUCCACUGCAUACGAAAAGUUCGUACAAUUUUGUAUUUCUCAGAAAAAGAAGAUUUUCCUAUUCAUUUGCUAUUGCAAGUUUUUCGAAUUAUUUCAUUAGACUACUUGCAACAAGAAUUUGAUUUUUUGUACGUCGAUUACAUUGUUACGCAUCGAUGAACGGAUGCCGUUAAAUAGUACAGGUGAUAAUGUAAUAAGCGUUUAAAUUCAUAAAGAAGAGUGUGUGAAUAGAAAAUUAGGUUAUGAUUGUUGUGUACAGAAUUAUACACACACAUGUAUGUACAUACAUAUGUAUACGCCAAGGAGUUGCAUGUAAAAUGGGAUCGUGUAAAAAAGCUAUUCGUAUAAAAUAAAUGAAUGAUCUGGUA